AUGGAUCCUGUUGAAUCAUUCAUUGAACCACACACAGCCCUGGGCGAGAGCCCGCUGUGGCGAGCAUCAGACCAGACUCUGCACUAUCUCGACGUCCUCAACAACACAAUCCAUAUCCUCGACCUGUCCUCCACCUCGUACGCACGCCGCAAGAUCCAGUGCCCGGAGCCAGUUGCGUCUAUGAACUUUUGCCGCCAGGGUGGAUAUAUCUUAUGCACUUUCACUGGCGUUGUUAAACUUGGUGAGGAUGGCACCUGGACGGAGCUGGUUAAGGUCAUCCCGAGCGAGCAGCAGGCAUCAGUCCGGCUGAAUGACAGCGCUGUCGAUCCCCUGGGCCGCCUGUGGUUUGGGUCCAUUGAUAAAUGCCUUGAUGAGUCUGAUUUGGCCCGCCCUGUGGUCCCUACCGGAUAUAAACCCGCGGGCUGUCUAUAUCGAUACGACCCGGACGACACUCUCCAUGUCCAGGAGGAUGGGGGUAUUGUCUGCUCGAAUGGGAUCGGCUGGACCGCCGACCAGACAACCAUGUUCCAUACAGACUCAUACCGCCAACUGGUCUGGGCUUACGAUUUCGAUCAAACUACAGGAGAAGUUGCCAAUAGGCGAGUACACGUUGACCGCAGUGGGCAGCAGGGAGAACCCGAUGGGUUGAUCGUCGACUCGGAGGGGAACGUCUUUACCUUCAUCUGGGACGCUUCUCUUGUGGAGAAAUACGAUAGAGGCGGCCGCUUACUGCAAACCUGGACCUUGAAUGCACCGAGUGUUACGCAUGGCGCAUGGGUUGGCCAGGAGAUGCAAGAUAUUAUCGUCACGACUGCAAUGAAGAACACAGGUGAAUGUUCAGAUGAGGGCGGCGGCUUGUUCCGCCUGGAAAAUGUCACCCUGGGCCGAGGUGUGGAAAAGACAUAUUGGGGUGAAUUAUGAUUAAAUGGC